AUGGCACCUCUCCCCAAGAAAAUUCUUGUCUUCGGCGCAACGGGCGUCAUUGGUAAAUACAUCAUCUCUGGCCUCGUCGAUGCCAAGGCCAGCGUCGAGAAGAUUGGCAUAUUUACGUUGCCUACAACGGUAGAAAACCAAGAUGUGGAAGUCCUGGUGGGAAACGUGGAGUCCGAGGCGGAUGUGACGAGGGCGUAUGAUGGCUGCGACACCGUCAUCUCCGCCCUUGGCCGCUCCACCAUCCUCGUCCAAACUCCCCUCCACCGCCUCGCCGAAGCCUCCCCUACAAUCCACACUUUCUUCCCCUCUGAAUUCGGCACAGACAAUGAGUACUCCACCUCCACCUCUACGCACGAAAAGCUGCACCAGCUCAAGCUCCAAGUGCGCAAGUACGUGCGCGAGUACAUCCGCAAAGUGGCCGUCACGUACCUCGUCACGGGACCGUACUCGGAUCUGUAUCUGAGCGCGCAAGCGGGGGACUUUGAGCGCGCUGGGAGUUUCGAUGUGAAGGGCGGGAAGGCGGUUCUGCUCGGCGACGGCGACAGCAGGGUGGCGUUCACGAGCAUGCGUGAUGUGGGCGUGUUGCUUGUCGCGGCGCUCAAGACGUCUGGAGAAGGUUCGCCGAGGACGCUCAAGGUGAACUCUUUUACUGCGACGCCGUGGCAGAUUUUGGUGGAGUUUGAGCGGCAGACGGGGAAGGUGUGGUGUGUGGAAUAUACCGGCGAUGGAACGAGGUAUACGCUGAGGAGGAUCUGGACAGAAAGGGGGACGUUGCAUGCAGAAAGGGUUAAUGGAAUUAUUGGAGAGCCGAAUUUAGAGACGUUGGAGAGACAAGUGAGGCUGUCCAUUGAGAGGCAACUAGGGAAAGGGCAAGCGUAG